CAAAGCAUUUUUCGUUAAAAGUCGGUGGGGAUUCGUGUUGAGCGAGUAGGGCCUACCUUUGUCAAAUCAAAAUCCACCUAAAUGUCUUCCUAGUGGUUAAAAUAGUAGGCCCCUAUAACUAGUUUCGUUACAUCAUUUCGCAACGCGACGCAAACAAAACGCAUGUUUUUGCACAGCGUGUUGAGUUUUAAUUAUUGACUGUGUCGUCCAUGCUGAAAGCGCUCGGUUUGAGAAAGCCUGGUGCACCCAUUCAUAUCUUAUCUACAGUUGACUGACGCUAGCUGACCUUAAUCCCCACUCAGGCGGUAGUAACUGACGGCCAUGUUUUAGACCCUCUCUCCUAUUGUACACGAUUCGGACGAUUGUAUCAACCGGUCUGCUGGAUUCCACUGUUAUACAGGAAAAAAUGUCUGAGACAGAUGUACCUUUCGUCGGACACGAAAGAUUGUCCAAAAUCGAUGCAAACAGCAGCCCUGAAACCCUGCGGAAGAUCUAUGACGCGUGGGCCAGAAAAUACGACGCCGACACUACUGGACAUCUAGGCUACGUGGGCCCGGUAGAGGGAGCCAGGAAACUAGCGGAAUGGGUGCCCGACAAGAAGGCCAAGAUAUUAGACGCCGGGGCCGGCACGGGAAUGUCUGGUGCCGCCCUGCACGAGUGGGGCUAUUCCAACUUAGACGCUUUGGAUAUUAGCGCGGAGAUGUUGGUUGUGGCAGAGGAAAAGGGAGCAUACAAUCACCUGUUUCAGGAUAAUAUGGCUGGACCCGAGCCCUUGAAGCUGCCUUCCAAUGAUUAUGAUGCUAUUUUGGUGGUUGGAACUUUCACAAAAGGUCACGUCCAUGCCGACGCAUUAGACGAGCUAAUUCGUGUCACCAAACCUAACGGACUAAUUGUCUUCACUCUGCGCCCCGACAUGUGCGACGACCCGGCCUACGGAUUUACAGAGAAACUGCCCAAAAUAGAAGCAGAGAAAAAAGUGGAACUCCUCUCCAAGACCACUGAAAAGUAUCACUUAAAGCACGAUAAGAUAAAUUGUUACAUGUAUGUAUACAAAGUCCUCAAGUAGCACAGAACUUAAUUGGGGGCAUCGUUGCUAUUUUGAAUUGGCAUUUUAGAGUUCUCCGCCGUCACCUACCUCAUUUCUCCCAUGCACCAGAACGUAUGAAAUCACUGCUGUGAGUGAGGAUCAGUGCACCCUCUCUGACCACAAAAGCGAAAAAAAAAAAAAAAAAAAAUUUCUCUCAAGGCUACCUCUGGGAAAUCGGAGCUAUCUGAUGACUCUUUUAAAUAGACGGGAAUUUCAGUAAAAGUGCACAUACUAAGGGACAGACUUACUUGACUUACGUAUUAAAUGGGAUUAGUGACGUAAAUUAAGUUUUAAAUCUAAAAACGGACUUGUAUUUUAUUCUGAUAAAUAAAGAUGUAUCAAUUACA